CCCUUAUGAUAAAGGAUACCCAACUCCUAUAUAAGAUAUAAGAUCUGAGAUUAAGUAAGCUCUCGGUCAAUGGAUAAGCGGGCGAAAAUGUGUGAAUCGUCCGAAGAACGGCUACCAGUACCAGUACGAUUACCUCCCUUGCUAGCGUUGCAACGUUCCGUAAUGGACUACGGAUUUGAUCUGGAUUUCAACAGCGAUCCGCCUUCAUUAAUUGAGCCUGAGUGGGGGAAGGACUAUAAUAUCGGUCUCUAUGGUAGGAUUGGACUCCAAUGCCACAAUUUUCAAAAGGGAACAAACUUUAAGUUUAUACGCUGGGAGAAACAUAGUAUGCAGAUGACUGGAUCCAUGGACUUCUACGUAACUUUGGAGGCAAUGGAUCCGGCCAACGGCUCUGUCUUCUCUUUCCAAACGCUGGUAUGCGACCAAGGAGGUCCCAGACGAUUGGGUGCCAGACUUUCGUUGAUCAACAUAGUCUCCAGAAUAACUCCUAUUGGUAAGCAGCCUGUGGAUGAGUACUGGGACGAGGACACGCCUGCAAUACACGACUUCUACAAAGGUCCACUGCGCGAAUGGUUUUCAGAUGAGGCCUUGGCUUGUGACAGUAAAAAGUAUUACGUGGUGCCAGAAUCAGAGCUGCAUGACAAUGACUGGCUUCAACUUCUCAUGGAAGUCGCCUUCUUCUCCAAAGCAGAUCGUGGUUUGAAGGCUUACCUACCCUUGGAGCUCAACAGUGUUGUUGUGGAAACUCGUGAAGAUUACACAACAGAGGCGCGUGAGAAGCUUAAGGCUGAUAAUGCCAUCUUCUACAUAAGUUACAAGUGUUGCACCGAUCCUUCUUCCGUGACUUUGUCUGGUUAUCCCCAUGAUCCAACGACUUUGGCUGGUGAUCACCAUGCCGUUGUGAGGAAGACCAUGGAUGGGAAACCAGAACACAUGAUGCUUGAAGUUUCUCGCACCAAAAAACAAGAAAAAGAGUAGACAUUUGGAGCUCGUCUGUGUUACAUUUUAGCAGUUAUGUUUUUGCAAACUAUCUUUUGGAGCAUGUUUUAUUUAUUAUCUAUGUGGACGAUGCUGUGUGUGUUAGCUGGUAUUUAUGUAUUCAACUCUUUUUGGACUUAUAACUGGUGAGUGGGAUCGUUAUUUAACUUCA